AACCAUUUAAUGCUGAGCCACCACGUUCUGCCUUGAUUUCCUCAUAUUUGACUCCUUCAGAUUUCUUUUACAAGAGAAAUCAUGGUCCAAUACCAAUUGUUGAUGACAUAGAAAGAUACUGCAUUUCAUAUCUGGUUUAACAGAGAAUUCAAAACAGCUUUUCAUGAAAGAUAUCAGGAUGCUUCCAAAGUAUAAUGUCACUGCCACAUUACAGGUAGGCUGGUUAAAAUCCCAUGCUGCAUUAUUCAUAGUGUGCAGGUAAUAGAAGGACUGCUAUGAGCAAGACCAAAACCGUUAAGGGAGUUGGCUGGGACGUUUCUGCUAUUGGAAAUGCUGCCUGGGGUGGUGCCAAAUUGGCUGAUGUUCUUGAACUUGUUGGAAUCCCAAAGUUGACAAGCAUUACCCAGUUAGGUGGAAGACAUGUUGAAUUUGUGAGUGUUGAUAAGUGUAAGGAGGAAAAUGGAGGACCCUACAAGGCAUCAAUCCCACUCAGUCAGGCCACUAAUCCUGAAGCAGAUGUUCUUCUUGCUUAUGAAAUGAACGGAGAACCUCUUGGCAGGGAUCAUGGGUAUCCAUUACGUGUGGUUGUUCCUGGUGUUAUUGGAGCUCGGUCUGUUAAGUGGCUGGAUUCUAUCAAUAUCAUUGCUGAAGAAUGCCAGGGCUUCUUUAUGCAAAAGGACUACAAAAUGUUUCCACCAUCUGUGAAUUGGGAUAACAUCAAUUGGUCAACCAGGAAACCCCAAAUGGAUUUUCCAGUUCAGUGUGUCAUAUGUUCUCUUGAAGAUGUGAGCGCUAGAAAGCCAGGAAAGGUAAAGGUUAGUGGGUAUGCAGUGUCAGGAGGUGGCAGGGGCAUUGAGAGAGUAGAUGUAUCCGUUGAUGGAGGCAAAACUUGGCUAGAAGCCUCCAGGUAUCAAAAGACUGGCAUUCCAUACAUAGCAGAUGAUGCCAACAGUGACAAAUGGGCGUGGGUGCUGUUUGAGGUCGCUGUUGAUAUCCCUCGCAGCACGGAGAUAGUUGCAAAAGCGGUAGAUUCGGCUGCAAAUGUCCAGCCUGAAAAGGUUGAAGAAAUUUGGAACUUGAGAGGCAUAUUAAACACUUCAUGGCAUCGUGUGCAAGUGCUAGUGGGCCACUCAAACUUGUAAAAUUGUAUGGCUAGUGUGUUGCGUUGGACCAAGAACUUUUGGGUCUCUCGCAGGUUUCUCACUGUGUCUGUUCGCCCUCCUACCCAUAGCGUGGAGCUAUGUGGAUCGUGUUUAACGCCAGUGCUAUCCUGAGACACUCGAUUUUGACAAUGUUUAGUUGAUAAUAAAUGCCCCUUACGGUAAACAAUCGCUAAAUAGAGGAGGUUUUUGGUUGAUUGCA